UCAGCAAGACGCUUUCCCUCUUGUUGACUCGAUAACAAGAAAGAAAGAAGGGAAGAAAAAAAGAAAUUGACCUGAGAGAAAUGUACUUUCUUUUGCCACAUCGCUCUUCUUCAACGCGACUACAACACUUCGACCGGUUUAUUUGCGACAUCGGUUCAUCAUUCGCCUGUUAAAUUCUUUAUCCGCCGACUAGUUAAGUUAUAUGGAAAAUUGACUUACACCGAAUUCCGAGGAUUUCUGUUACAGGAAAGAUUUUAUGACUCGUUUUUUGGGCUUUAGACGUAAAUAUGUUUGUUUUUGUGAAAAACAGCAUUAAUAUGAGUGAUCUGGUGAGCCCGGAGUAUCAGGGCUGCGUGGACGGAGCUCUGAUGGACGGAUUCAGUGUUUUUAUUCAGGCUCUGUUGGCGGUUCUGGCUUUCAGCACUUUAAUGUUGAAGAGGUUUCGUGAACCUGUUGGAAUAAGAAGACCUUGGAAGAUCUGGUUCUUUGACACGUCUAAACAAGCUGUCGGGGCUCUUUUCAUGCAUUUCGCCAACAUAUUCCUUUCCACGCUCACCAAUGAAGAUCCCUGCUCUCUGUAUUUGCUAAACUUCUUAUUGGAUGCCACAUUGGGAAUGCUGGUGAUCUGGGUGGGAGUGAAAGUUGUUUCCAAAAUAGUUGAACAUAAACAGCUAACACUGCUAAUGUUCGGAGAAUACGGUGAUCCUCCUCGAGUCUCGGCAUGGUUGGCUCAGUGUUCAGUCUAUUUACUCAUCGUUGCUCUGGAGAAAAGUGUGGUCACUCUGGUGCUGCUCAUUCCUGGAUGGACCAAUUUGGAGGAGGUGGUGCUGGAUUACAUCCCAAACCCACAGCUGGAGCUGGCCAUCGUCAUGCUUAUCGUGCCUUUCAUAGUCAAUUCUAUAAUGUUCUGGCUGGUGGACAGUUUAACAAUGCGCAAAUAUAAGAAGAUGACAUCUCUGGAAGGCUCGCGCGACUCUCCGAAGCAAGUAGACAUUUUGCCAGAUGAGAGCAAUGAUGAAGCUGAGGUGCUGCUAAAGGAAGAUGAUGAUGCCGCAGUGUGUUCUGAAGAGGAAGAUCAUGUCUCAAAAGAAGAGGCCUUAAUACGAGUCUGCAUGGAGGUUUAACACACUUUUAGAAGUAUAAUUUACUUCUAAAUGGCUAAUCCCAGUGAGCUGCUUUGUUGUUUACUCUCUAAAUAGGCAACUACCUUUGAAGGCGGCUUACUGAUUAGGAAAGGAUGGAUUUGGACCUCUAAUUAGGUGGAAUCUCAACACAUCCAAACAAAUAGACCUAUUUAUGAAACAGGACUCCAGUAGUUUGCUGUUAGCAUGAUGCUAAGCUAACAACACAAUGACAAAAUACUAACGGUGCAUUCCAGACAGCUCGAAACUCCCGUCUCCUGAGUGAAAAGUAGAGUCUGGAAUGCCAAUCUCAGUGGGACAUCUGGCAUGUAAGCUCAGUGUGAAAUGUCACUUUAAUAUAUUUUGCUGCGGAAAUUGUAUGGAUGUGCAAUAUAUGAUGUGGGCUAGAAGUGUUGCUUGUAUCAACAAAUCAACGUCGAAUUAGCAUUGCUAUAAACAUUUUGGGAGAGAUUUAAUUAAUUAAUAUUAAUGUUUAAAGUUUAAUUUGGGAAUUUGCCAAAUUAUUUGGUUGAGUCAUGGUGCCAUCUUGUGGUGUAAUUGGGACACACUGCAGUCGAAUAUUCAAAUAACUCUGAUAUUUUUACUUGCGACUUUGUAUUGAACGCAUCAUAAGGAUAAAAAUUCAUGGCACAUACACAAUUUUGUAAUUUUUAUUCUGGUUGAACUUUUAUGAUCCACAUUUUGCUAACGAAUUAAUUAUAUUUAUCAUAUUGUUUAUUAUCGCUGUUAGUAUUUUUUUUUUUUGUUGACCCGUUAUUCUAUUUUAAAGCUUUCUAAUUUUCUAAUUCGUUCUUCUUUAACCUGUAACUGAAUUUGUUUCUCAUAAUAUACUAUUUAAUAUCAUCUCAAUUGAUUCUCAGUCGAUUCGUUUGAAGAUUAAUAGGGUCAACAUACAUUUUGUUUAAAAACAGCCAUAUUACAUAGUAUAUGAAACAAAAAUCCCCCAAAAAGCACAACAGAUAUAUUUUAAAUAGCUUUUAAUUUAUGCUUAAAGGCAUAGUUCACACAGAUAUUAAAAUGCUGUGAUCAUUUACUCAUCCUCCACUAGUUCCAAACCUUUUAGAGUUUCUUUCUUCUUUUGAGCACGAAGUAAGCUAUACUGAUGAAUGUUGGGUAAUAAAAAGCUAUUUACUUCCAUUUUUUUGUUCCUACUAUGGAUGUCAAUGACAUUUUUUCCUAACAUUCUUCAGAAUACCUUGUUUUGUGUUCAACAGAAGAAAAACAAUCUAGUUUACAACCACUUGAGUGACUAAAUGGUAAGAAAAUUUUACUUUUUGAGUGAACAGUGCCUUUAAAUCAGUAGUUUUAUAUUUGAUUCCAUUUGAGUCUACUGUUCAUCUUUUGUUUUAGCUAUGUUAAAGUUUUAUAUUGACAUCGAAUUAAAUUGUCAAAAUGUCUGCCGUCUUAGUCCACCAUUUUUAUGUUUAUGUUUUCCUGGAUUGCUUUCUCUCACAAACACAUGUGCUGCUGCUUAUUCUUUACUAUCAUAGUACUUUUUAGUAGUCUUUGUGUUGGACGUGUGCCUAUGAUGAACAAAUAAUGCUAAUCUAACCUGGUUUCCCGGUUAUUUUUUGUAAAUCACACAUAACAUAAAGAACAUAUUCUUUUAAGUAUCUGUUCUUUAAAUGAGCUUGUUUUGCAUAAUUUUUCCUGCAAUUAUGCACUCACAUCUCGCAAUUAUGGUUAUUUUGUACACUAUAUCAGCUCACAAUCCUGACUUUUUUCUUAAAGUUGAAUAGAACAAAUGGUUUGAUUAGAAUUGCUCGCAAUGAAUUGCAUUUCUCGUAAUUGUGUGUCAAAGUAAUACUGUAAAACCCAUUUGUGUUAAGGUAACACAAACCCUUUGAGGAAACCGAUUGCAACAAAUCAUUUAAGUUCAAAAACUAAUCCUAAUGACUACUUUGAACUUAAUCCAUUUCAGUAAAUGAAGCAACUUGAGCAUAGUAAAACCCAAUAUAUGAAGAGAAUUCAAACCUACUGAGUACUGUAAUUCCCAAUAAGUUAAGGCAACUCAAUCCGUUUGAGGAAACCGAUUGCUACAAACCAUUUGAGUUAAACUAAUCCUAAUGAGUACUGUGAACUUACUACAUUUAAGUUGAAGUAAUGGGAUAUUUAAUUAACUCAUUACCUUCAACACUGAGUUCAAAACUCUUUUUUUAAAUUAGUAGAAUUAACUUUGAGUAAAUUUUGAGUUAACCACGAUCAUUUCAUUUGAUAAAGUUGACUGUUGGGUUUUACAGUGCAGAGACUAAAUUCAUAAUCUCAGAAUUGUAUUAUAUGCAUUUAGACUUUUAUAUCUCACAAUUUAGACUUUUCUCCCCAGCAAUAAACUCGCAAUUCUAAUUUUUCUUUGAGGACUUUGUAGAAUAGAAGUUGUUUGUAAUUGUAAUUGCAAAUUUAUGUCAAAAAGAAGCCAGAAUUGCAUUAUAUAAAUGUACAAUUGUAAGAAAAGAGAGUUUAGAUGUCAGUUCUGGCUUUAUAACUCCCAGUUGUGCUUAUUUUUCUCUCAGAAUUAAACUUUAGAGUUUAAAUUUCAAAUUGUUAUGAGAAAAGAAGUCAAUUGAAGAUAUACAAACAAUUUUGAGAAUUUUUUAUGAACUUAAUUUAGAUUGAUAGAUUAAUUGAGAUUAACUCACAAUUGCAAAAUAAAUGUUAAAAAUAAGAGAUAAUUUGACAAUUACCUUUUUUCAGCUAAAUAAAUGUACUGUAAUACCAUAAUAUUCAGAAUAUUUAUUAAAAAAAAAUUGUUGGUAUGUUUUGUUUGUUUUUUGGUGAAAUCUGGUUAUAUUUUGUUACAUUUUUUGAACAUUCUGCGAACAAUGCUCAGAGAGGAAGUUCUGUCUAGUUUGGCAGCUCAGUAAAUUUAAGAUCUGAUGAAACAUUAGAAACAAAUGUAAUUUGACAUUCCAUACUUUAUAUAAUUCAUCAUUUUUGUAUUCUUUUAUAAGUUUGACACUGGCAGCUUAAUUACAUAUGAGACCAUUUUAGGAAUGACUAUAAUUUAAGAAAAUACAUGGAAAUCUGUACAUUUAAAAUGUGUUUGUCAUGCCUGUACAAUUAUUUAAUCAAAUAUGUGGUUAAAAUGGUCAGCAUUUGUCAAGCCUAAGCCUAAGUUAUACAUUUUACAUUAUGCUGUAACCUGAAACUCAUUCAGACUUAAAUAUACAGUGGUUGAAAAAGAGAAGUGCCAACAGUGAAUUACUUUUUAGAUAAUUUGUAUGUAAAUAUAUAAGCAGCAGAAGAUAAUGAGUAGCACUGGAAGUUCUAAAGGCAAACAUUCUCCUUUUGAGUUCAUACUUCUGAGAAGUUAAUUUCAAAGUAGAGAAGCAGAGAAGAUGAGAGAGGAGUUUCUCCUGAUUACAGACAUUCUCACUCUUCAACUGAAAACUAAAGAGCUUGUGUUAGCUGUGAAGAACACCUCAGAAUAUUCACUACUACAGUAUCAGAAACAGGCUAGGAUUCAUAUUUAUUCAGCUAUUGAAAACAUAAAAAAUGUCAUUUUCGCAGAUUUUCUGAUUUAUGACAGAAUGUUUGUUCUAUUCUUUAUUUUCCCACCAAAAAAUAAAUAACAACAAGGUGCCGUGUUUUAAGACAGUUUUAUAUUCACUGUUUUAGACAUAAUACCAAAGGUUAAGGAAUCAAAAUUUUGUAGAAUUAUUUUUCAGGGGGAAUACAGUAAAGUAUUUUUAUGUGAAAUCUGUGUGUGAAUAUGUUUAUAUUUAGUGUUGAAUAAACCAGCCUCAUCUAACGAGAAAACAUCACUUUUUUUACAUAUUGCCAAAAAAGUUACUAAUUUGUACAAAUUAAUUUGAUUUCAUAUAAAAACAAUUUUUAAAAGGAGGCAUGUCCCCAAACCCUAACUUAACUGUCAUUGGUGGAUGAGCAAACUGUAUUAAAAUAUACAAAUGAAGUUGUACAUAUUCAUAUGAAUUAGCCAAUCUGAUCUCAUGAGGAAACGUAACUAUUAUACGUUUUGUCAGUUUAGUGGCUAAUUUCAGUCAUAUGGAUUUUAAAAGUAGAUGUAGCACCAAAUUCCAGCCCUAAACCCAACCAUCAUUGGGUGCUGAGCAAAUCGUACUAAAAUGUAUGAAUGAGAUCAUAGAAAUUCAUACCAAUUAGCCACUAAAUCAAAAAUGAUGAAUUGGCAUUAGAUAGCGUUGGAAUUAAUCGCUAAUUCAAAAGUUGCAACUUCCCACAAGAUUGCGUUGGUUUUAACCUGUAAUGUUUAAAGAAUGUACCUUAUUCCAUUUUUGUAUAAUAGUUUUUAAUUUUUACGCCUGCAACAUCAUGCAUAAGUUCUGAUUGACAGUUUGAUUUAAAACAUGUAUAUAGUGUAUGAUAUGUUGUACAGGAAUUGUCAAAUUUUGUCUUUUAAAUUGACGAAAGUCAGUUCGCACAUGCUGUUUCUUCAACAUGUUUCAGGAAACAUUUUUGAUAUUGAAAAAUAUUCUCUUGAUGCCUUUUUAUGAUGUAAAAAAACAAUAAAAAAAUAA